AUGUCCACAAACAAAGAAUAAAUUAAGGCUGAACUUGACGAGAAUAGAAAGAAAUUAGCAGAAAAGUUUGGGUAAACCAAAAUGGGCAGCACUUUGGCAAGAAGAAAGCAUAAAAAUGUUCAUCAAACUCAAAUUAAUGAUGACAAGAAAUUGAAAUAAGUCAUUAAGAAGUUUGGUGUCUAGCAAUUAGGAAAUAUUGAUGAAGUCAAUUUUUUCAAGGAUGAUAACACUAUAAUCCAUUUCUCAAAACCAGAAGUCCAAGCAGCUAUUGGAAGCAAUACAUUUGCAAUAUUUGGAAAUCCAGAAACUAAAAAGUUUUAAGAAUUGAUGCCAGAGAUUUUAAAUCACAUUGGACCAAACCAAAUGUCUCUUCUUUAAGAAUUAAUGAAAGAAACUUAAAAGGAAAAAGUUGAAAAAAUAGCCGAAGCUGAUUAAAAAGACGAAGAUGAUAUUCCUGUAUUAGUAUAGGGUUAAAACUUUGAAGAAGCAAGCAAGAAAGAAUGAGUUAAAUUAUCAUAUAUUAUGUAUAUCGGCCAUUAAACAUAAGACUUAUGAAAUAAAACAAAUUAUA